AGCUAUUGGCUCGCAACCUCCGGCCAAUGAGAGAGUCCUGCUAGGAUGGCUCUGGACUAAUCAGGGUUGAAGAUAUUGGCACGUUCAGUUGCUAGACAACGGAGCGCCAGGUCGAGGAGAAGGACGGGAAGCGGCGGGGCUAUGCGGAGGAGUGGGUGGAAGGGGUUUACUCGGGCCGAGACCCACUUGGUGGGGAGGCGGAUCGUCGCGAGAGAGGAGCAGGAGCAAGAAGGGGUUGCCAAGAGCAGAUCAACCAUCCGGGGCCCCAGUAGCAGCCCUCGCUGUCUUUCCAUUAUUCCCACGGACAGUGACCUGAGUAACCUUUCCAAUCCGAAUAGUCCUUGCCGGGGAAGGGAAGAACUGGAAACUGUAGUCCCUGCAGACAGCACCCCACUGGCACAGUCUCGCAGCCGGUUCCUCAAGCAGAAGCCACAGAAUGUGGAUGUGGACAUCCAGCCAGCAGGACUCAAUCCCGUCACGACGGUGGGGCUCAGUGCUACCUUCAAGGGGAGGCCAAAUGCCAUCCUCAGAAAGCUGGCGCAAAUAGAGAGCAAGAUCCAGAGUCGGAAGCCUAGGCAGAGCAUCCAGCAGAUACCUGUGUUGGAUGAUGAACUCUCAUUGAGUGAAUCUGGUAAUGAUUUUGAAUUUUGGACAAGGGAUAUGAAGUUCCUGAAGAAGACAGCAGGGCUGAAGAAGAACCUCAAGGCUCAGACCAAAAAUGUGACUCUUCUACACACAACUGGUUGUGACAGUGAGGAAGAUGCAGAUAGAUACAGACAAGGAGUUCCCAAAAAAUCCAAAGGACAGGAAGUUAAAUUCAAAUUCAAACCUAAUGGAGAGUCCCUACCAGAGACAUCUUCCAAUUUAAGAUCCCUGCCUGAAGAAAGGUCGGUGAAGAGGCCUCUACACCAUUCUCCUUCCUCACCAACCAGGAAUACAAGAGCAAGCCAUGUGGCUUCUUGUUCCUCCCCUCCAUCUAUAAAAGGCAGCCCAGCAGAUACAGUGUCCCUUAACAGGAGCUCCAGCUACCGGAAGACGUCUCUUUCUGAACGGAGUAUCAUUCGAUCCUUGGAUGAGUUGUUCUCAGAUGUGACUGAUAUACAUAAUGACACUUCCAGCAAUAGUGAUUUCAGAGUGAAUAUUUUGAGCCUGGAUGAACUGGAACCCUACCAGAAAACAGAAUUAAAAGAAGAGGUAAUGAAAGCAGUUGAGAAGUCAGACAAGAACUCAGGAGGAACAGUUCUGUUUCCUGCUAAUGCCCAAGGCCCCUUUAAAACCCCAGCUGUGCCCUUGGAAGAGGAGGAAAAUCUGGAAGAGACUGAGAUAUCUGAGCAGCUAAACAGCAAUUCUGCUGGAUAUUCCUCCUGCAAGGAAGAAAGCCUCACCAAUACUGAUUAUUCUGAAGAUUUUGAGCCCUCAUCAUUUUCUGCCACAUCUACGGAAAUGGGGGGAGAAUCCUCUUCUGAAAAGUCGUAUGACCUUUUGGGUGCUUCAGUCUAUUCCAUCCAAUCUAAUUUAUCCUCUCCCUGCUGCCCUGCUGUGGCCUCUAGGAGCACCAAAGCCAUAAAGAAGGUAGAGGUGAAAGAAGCAGCUGUGCAGACCGGUUCCUUCUCACUUGCUUAUCACAGGUUACAAUAUGAUGUUCCUGUUGCUGUUGGCCAGACAAUAGAACAAAGCUCUGUUGAAGCGCCGCAUAUUAGCAGCCACAAGUUGAGUGUGGAAGUCAUAGAAGCCCUGUCAAUGUACAGUCCAUCUAUUUCUGCUUUGAAUAACUUGUUAAAACAAAACCUGCUGCUCAUUCAGCAGUCUGUAGAGAUCAACCGACAUCUUCAUGCCUCCUUUGUGGCAUCGCUGGAGGAGGAGGAAUACCACUAUCACACCCUGGAAGAAGCCAAAAUGUAUAUUGAACAGCACAAGCCCCUGCCUCUGACCAUGGAGCAGGCCUUGCAAGAGCUGAAAGAGCAAGAACAAAUGGCUUCUUAGGCUCCUCAGCCCUUUUCAGGCCCACAAGAUGACAGACAGUACCGGAGUUUCAGAAACAGGCUGACGAGGUAGUUUCUUCAGUCCAGGUCAAGCACAAGUCUUGUGAAUCAGAACUUGAAACAUACACUUAACAGGACCUUUGAAGAGAAACCUCAACAGAGAUAAGGGAAGAUCUCUUUUCUUUACCACAUUCUGUUGCAAUUAUGCAAUGUACAAUUCAGUGCUGCGAAUUAAAAAAAGCCAACCUUGAAACCUUCCUCUACACUUGCAGUGUCGAAUGAGACUGAGAAUAUAUUCCAUUGCUGCAUCACCUAUUAAUAAAUCUCAUCCUUAUAUAGAAAAAAGUCUUUAUUGGAAGGCAACAGUAAAUACAAGAUGGUAGCUGACUCAUGACAGAAGGUAGUUGAAAGAUGAGUAAAUUUCACAGCUACAGUCAGUCAGUCUACAACAGUUGCUACCUUAUGUCAAAAUGGAUGGCUGUGAAAGAACAAUUCUACUGGACAGGGAGGAAAAUGGUUCUUUCAGUUUGCUCAGGGCAAGCCUUAGAUCACUUAGAACUGCUGAUCUCUGGGCACCCACAGUUACAAAAGGUGUUUUCAAAUGGGGCUUCUAGGAAUGCUUCCUAUUUCGGAACAAGCAGGGAAAUGCGACGGUGCUACAGAUGAGUCAGUCUACAGCACUCCUCUUAAUUCUCCUUAAAAGGAUAUAUACAAAAAUAUAAAAGGCCUAAAUAUUUUUUUUCUUGUUACAAAUCCUUAAACAUCUAGAAGCAACUGUUGAGUGGUUAAGCCCUCUGUUCUGGAUGGAGCUGUGAUGGCUGCAGAGGGGUAUCUUGGGGAUUUAGAAUGUACAGUAGAUUCUUGAUUCAUUUGCCCAGUACUUGGUAGCUAUCUGGCUUCCUCCACUUGAAACACCAUUAGCCUUUAGGAGAAAAAUAUAAUUGUCAGAAAGAUAUAAACUGUGAACUGGGGAGCUCGAAACACUUCUGAAAUGAUCAAAACAACCCUAUUUGCAAUAUAAAAAAAGUAGCUCCA